CGUAACAGGGUCAGGAAUGGGGUUUCGAGUAGCAAUUGCCCUUGUUGUCACGGCAUUCGCUUGCCUCUUUGCGCCCUCAACAGGUCAAUACAUCGAGGGGAAAUGUCUCCGAGCGAUUCCACUUGCACCGUGGAAAACAUCGUACAGGACGAGCUGCAGAUACCUCUGCUUCGGGUGGCCAAUCCGGUAUGACACCGAGCCCGACGGAAUUCACUGUGGGGUACUUGCACCCUUUUUUAGAACACAUGUCUGCCGUGAUGGAAAAUGCGUGGAGGCUGAAUUCGCUCAAACCACUUCUUCUGCUGGUGAAGAAUACUUCAGGACUAAGCCUUCGACCAGCACCGAGGUGCCCUAUGAAACAGAGGCACCCCACAAAACCGAAGCCAGCACCGCGGCUCCGUAUGAAACCGAAGCACCCCAUGAAACAGAGGUACCCCAAGCAACCAGAGUUUCACAUGAAACCGGAGUGCCCCAUGAAACCAGCCCUGCGGCGCCCUACGAAACCGAAGCCCCCCAUGAAACGGAGGCACCCCAAGCAACCAGAGUUUCACAUGAAAGCGAAGUGCCCCAUGAAACCAGCCCUGCGGCUUCCUAUGAAACUGAAGCACCCCAUGAAACGGAGGUACCCCAAGCAACCAGAGUUUCACAUGAAACCGGAGUGCCCCAUGAAACCAGCCCUGUGGCGCCCCACGAAACCGAAGCCCCCCAUGAAACGGAGCCACGCCAAGCAACCAGAGUUUCACAUGAAACCGGAGUGCCCCAUGAAACCAGCCCUGUGGUGCCCUAUGAAACCGAAGCACCCCAUGAAAUGGAGGCAUACCAAGAAACCAGAGUUUCACAUGAAACCGGAGUGCCCCAUGAAACCAGCCCUGCGGCGCCCAAUAAAACCGAAGCACCCUAUGAAACAGAGGCACUCUAAGAAACCGGGUUUUCACAUGAAACCGUGCCACCCCAUGAAACCGUACCACCCCAUGAAACCAGUCCUGCCGCGUCCUACGACAUAGAAGCACCACAGAAAAUGAAGGCACCCCAUGAAACCGGGGUUUCAAUACAAACCGAAGCACCUCUUGCAACCGUGAAUACCCAUGAAACAAACGCGCCCGAGAACUGAGGCGCCGUAUGUAACUGAUAAGGACACCAUUCUGGGUCGUUCUUCCACCCCUGUCGAUACUUACGUUAUACUGUCCACAGAAUGGUUUAUAACUGAUAGUGGCGAUGUAGAGUAGAAUUACCGACGCCGAGUCCAGGCUCCACUAUGUUGAAUGUCGCCGAAUGUCAUUUAGGGUUCCGGUGAAGAAACCAAAGCUCAAGUGAAAGAACUUUGAUAAAAAUACAAAUACCAUUUGUGGUUCCAUGAAAAAAUUUUCAAUAAAUACAAGUUUGCAGCUUAAAUAUAUUUCGUUUUUUGCUCAUUGCUCUGCGCACCAUACGCACGAACUAUGUUAGCCUUUGUUUUAUCAGUUUUAACAUCAAGAUUUACCUUUCCCAUUAAGUUCUGUAUCCGGCCGGUUGUGUUAACUUGAAAUGGCUGAUAAAAAUUUCCUGUUAUCCCCUGCUCAUACUAAUUAUGGGUAAAAAACUUCUGAUUUUAGUGCGUUAUCUUUUUGGAAUGCGGUAUCUUUGAGCAUUAGGCGUUGUACUUCAUUUCUUUUGUUCAAAAAGUCCGUCGAAAAUAAUUUGCUCGAAUAACCAUAUCGUUUACCUGUUUGACUUAUUUGUUCUUUUUAUACCAUGUUUCGUGUUUUGGCUUGAUAUGUAAUGUAAAAGUGUAUUUUGAUAUCCGUAUAUUGUAAGGAUUUUCUAUUGCUCUGUAUAAAGUUUACCGUCAAUUUGUAUAAAAAUAUUGAGGGUCCCACUCAAGUCUCUGGAUCAGGGACCCUCGUCUAUAUAUCCUAGAUUUCGUAACUUGUUUUUGGAAAAAAAUAAUGAAGCUUGAAUAAAAAACUUGAAGAAUAAA